GAGCAUGGACGGCAACCAGACGUGGAUCACAGAAGUGACCCUGCUGGGAUUCCAGGUUGAUCCAGUCCUGGAGUCUUUCCUCUUUGGACUUUUCUCUCUCUUCUAUACCCUCACCCUUCUGGGGAACGGAGUCAUCCUGGGGCUUAUCUGCUCAGACUCUAGACUGCACACCCCCAUGUAUUUCUUCCUGUCACACUUGGCCAUCAUUGACAUGUCCUAUGCUUCCAACAAUGUCCCCAAGAUGCUGGCAAAUCUAACAUUUUUAUAUCUAGCCUUUGCUCACACAGAGUGUCUGAUUUUGGUGGUGAUGUCCUACGAUCGGUACGUGGCGAUCUGCCACCCCCUACGUUACACUAUCAUCAUGAGCUGGAGAGUGUGCUCGGUCCUGACCAUCACUUCCUGGGUGUUUAGCUUCCUCCUGGCUCUGGUCCAUUUAGUUCUCAUCCUGAGACUGCCCUUCUGUGGGCCUCAUGAAAUCAACCACUUCUUCUGUGAAAUCCUGUCUGUCCUCAAGCUAGCCUGUGCUGACACCAGCCUUAACCAAGUUGUCAUCUUUUCAGUGUGUUUUAUCUUACUGGGGCCCCUCUGCUUGGUGCUGGUCUCCUACACACGCAUCCUCAACUAG